AUCUCUUUUUGCCACCCAACGUGGGGUCCAAAGGGUUGAGAUAACGACAGAUCUGACAAGAGUGUGUCUAAUUGUAUUUGUGAUAAGCAUUCAUUGUUUUGGAUUAAUAGGCACUCACCACAAUGCUGAUUUAUUGGCUGUCAAAGUCGUUGCUCUUGAUCUCAGAGUUUCAGCAUGUCGUACCUUACUUACAGCCUGUAUUUGCUGUGUUAGUGUUUAUCGGCUGGGGGGCCAGGGCUAAGGUUCUUGUUUCAUUGUAAUUUAUGGUAAUGACUUGUAAUACAAUAGAAUCAUUGAUCAUGAAACUGAUCUGGCUUGCGUUCCCAGUGUAUACCUCUAUACUUUGGGGGGUAUAUAAUAGGAGUGUAUAGCAAUUACACAUCUUUUUUCCCCUCCUUGGGUGGUCAGCCUCUGAAGGAGACAAUCCCUUACCUUCCCAGCUCCCCCACCGAACUGUUUACAGCAUCAUUUGAGAGUCCUGAAGGUUUUGAAUGGCCUUUUAAUACUGUUGAGAAUUGUUUGCUGAUUGUGAUGGGGAUCACCAUGUUGGCACGCAUACAGAGGGUGUUUUACCCAUGACCAUUUCGUCUGAUCGCGAGUUAAGCAGAGUCAGGUUUGGGCCCUGUCUAGGGUUAGAUGGCGAUAUAGGAGGACCAAGAGAUUUUCCCCAAGGCUGGACAGUCAUGAGUGGCAGGAUGUGUGGGGUAGUAUGGACAAGUAUCUAGGUCAGUGGGCCACUCCAGUGCUUUGGAACUUCACCACUGAAAAAGUGCAAAAUCCAGAAAAAUUUGUAAAAUAUUUAAAUGAGGUGUGUUGUCAUCCCGGUCUUACCAGAGAGGGACAAACCAUGGCAACAUGCUGGGGCUUGGCCUAUGCUUACAGAGCCCUGUUCAACACUAUCCAGCACCUUCAAAGGGAAAAAAUUGUCUCUGGAUCUGAUGGCAAAGCAACUGACAAUGCAGCUACUCUAACUCCAAAUACAGCAGCUACACCAACCCUAGUGACAAUUACAGCAGCUACUCAAACUCCGACUGCAACAGACAGCACAGCUACUCCAGAUACACCGGCUACACCAGCCCUAGUGACAAGUACAGCAACUGCUCAAACUCUGACCUCAACAGACAGCACAGCUACUCCAGCUCCAAGCACAGCAGCUACACCAGCCCCAGCUACAAAUACUGCAGCCACUCUGACCACAGUGAUAAUCACUGCAGCUAAACCAGAGGACCAACUCAUGCCAAUAUCGGUUGCCCCUGUACGCAAGGGGAAAAAGAAAAAGGUGGCAAGAAAGAUGAAGUAAAAUGAAGAAACAAUGUACUCACUGCUGACAGC